CUCAACUCCCACUAGAAAACUUCAAGGGUACCAGCUGCCUUCCUGCCUGCCCACAGAAAUUGGAAAUUCCCCAUUCAGAAAGGAGGCUGCUCCGCUUCACACGCGGGCUUUGCUCUGCCCGAAAUCUCUCGCUCCCAUCAAUGGCGUCGCCGACGGCCUGAGCAGCUCCCCAGCUCCGUCGGCGGCGGCGCGACUCCGCACCGGGCUCGCUAGUCUUCGCCGCAGGGAGGAGGAAGUGGAGGAGGAAGGGAGGCCGCGGAGAUGGUGGGGGGAGGCGGCGGCGGCGGCGGGGCGCUGCGGCGGGUGGGCAAGUACGAGGUCGGCCGGACCAUUGGGGAGGGCACCUUCGCCAAGGUCAAGUUCGCGCAGAACACCGAGACCGGGGAGAGCGUCGCCAUGAAGGUGCUCGACCGCUCCUCCAUCCUCAAGCACAAGAUGGCCGAACAGAUUAAAAGGGAGAUAUCCAUAAUGAAGCUUGUCAGGCAUCCCAAUGUUGUUAGGCUACACGAGGCGCGCUUAUCUUUCUCUUCCUAUAAACCACUGUUUAACUUCUUUCCUCACCACUUGUCGUCUUUAAAGUACCCGUGCUGUUCAUUCUGUUAUGUGCAGGUUCUGGCAAGCCGGAAGAAGAUAUUUAUAAUCCUGGAGUUCAUCACUGGUGGUGAACUAUUUGAUAAAAUUAUUCGUCAUGGGAGACUUAAUGAAGCAGAUGCACGCAGAUACUUUCAGCAGCUUAUUGAUGGUGUCGAUUUUUGUCACAACAAAGGAGUCUACCAUCGAGAUCUGAAGCCCGAAAAUCUCCUCCUUGAUUCCCAGGGCAAUCUUAAAAUUUCAGACUUUGGAUUGAGUGCAUGGCCUGCCCAGGGAUCUUCCCUCCUACGUACGACAUGUGGAACGCCGAAUUAUGUUGCCCCAGAGGUUCUCAGUCAUAAAGGAUAUAAUGGAGCACUUGCUGAUACAUGGUCAUGUGGAGUUAUUUUAUAUGUACUGUUAGCAGGUUUUCUUCCAUUCGAUGAAGUGGACUUGACUACCCUUUAUGGAAAGAUUGAGAGUGCAGAAUAUUCAUUCCCACCCUGGUUUACAGGUGGUGCAAAGUCACUGAUUCGUAGAAUUCUUGAUCCAAAUCCAGAUAUACGAAUCAGGAUAGAAGAGAUCAGAAAUGACGAAUGGUUUCAGAAGAAUUACGAGCCUAUCAAAGAAAUAGAAAGUGAAGAAGUCAACCUUGAUGAUGUUAAUGCAGCUUUUGAUAAUCCUGAGGAGGAUAAUGAGGAUGCUUUUGAUGAUGAAGCAGGUCCUCUAACACUUAAUGCAUUUGACCUAAUCAUUCUUUCACGAGGAUUGAAUCUUGCAGCCCUCUUUGAUCGCAGACAGGACUAUGACAAGCUUCGGAAUAGAUUCUUAUCGCGCAAACCAGCUAAGGUCAUCUUGUCAAGUAUGGAGGUUGUUGCACAAUCAAUGGGAUUUAAGACGCACAUCCGCAAUUACAAGAUGAGGGUGGAAGGUCUAAAUGCAGACAAGACUAGUCAUCUCUCAAUCAUGGUUGAGGUUUUCGAAGUUGCUCCAUCAAUCUUCAUGGUAGAACUACAAAGAGCAGCCGGAGAUACUUCAGAGUAUAACAUGUUUGUAAAUAACUACUGCAGCAAAUUAGAUGAUAUCAUCUGGAAAUAUCCAACAGAAAAGGGCAAGUCAAGGAUAUCCCGGUUAUCAAAGUGCUGAUUUGUUCUCAACCUCCAUCAUACGUCUCAUGCAUAGUCUAGUGCUUUGUUGUAUCAAGUAUCAACUUGAUGUAUCUGUGUAUCACACUUGAUCUCUAAUAUUCUAGUUUUAGGAGUUGAUCUUCGAGUAGUAUGCCAUCAUUGUAUAUUGAGAGUACCCUUGUACAAAGAGGCCACAUCCUGUAGGGGUUUCGGUACCUCAGUUUGUCUGUACAAAAUUUCAAGCAAUGUGUUCGAUUCUGUAGAUUUAGUCGAAAACAUUGCUUGGUUGUAAACAUUUCUCUAAUGUAUCAUGUGUGUCUAUCGAAUGUCAGAUACCUAUUUAUUCAUGUUGAUAGAACAGUGUUUAUUCCUAGCGCACAA